CCGCCAGCCGCCCGGCCGCGGGGAGCAGAGGGGACUGAACCCUCGGCGCUGCUCGUUAGCAGUCCCGGCGAGAGGAGCGGCAGAAUUACUCAUGCGCUAAUUGCCCCUCAUUAAGUUAAGGAGACGAAGGGGAGCGCAGACUCCAGAGGCAGGAGGUGUCUGGGGCCGGCUCCGCCGCGCACGCCGAGCUCGUUCAGCCCGGCCAGGGUUAAGUCUUCCGCUCGCUGCUGGCCGGCUGGCGGCCAGCUGCCUUCAGCGAGAGGCCAGAGUCCCUGCCAGGCACCCGGGAGGUACGCCGCGGGCCGGGCUGGACCGCAUCGGACCCCCUCCCCCAUCACCGCCUGAAGGAGGAGCAGAAAGUGGGGGGUGCGCGGUAGGCCCCCGCCCCGCAGCCCGGCGUCCGGGUGGGCAGAGAGCGAGAGGGGCUGCGGGACACCGAGAUGGCCGAUGAGAUCGACUGGCUGGACUUGCCCGGCCGGUGGACCUACGGAGUUGACCGCGGGGGGAGAGUCUUCUUCAUCAAUGAUGAAGAAAAGUCAACCAGCUGGGUGCACCCUGGUACAGAAUCGCCCAUCCAGAGUGGACACUCCUCCAGCCCAGGUUUGCCCAAGGGCUGGGAGAUGGAUUCCACCCAGGAAGGAGCUGUGUAUUUCAUCAACCAUAAUGAAAGACGGAACACAUUUCUACACCCACUGACCGGCCAGGUCCCAGAGGAAAACAAAAAGUUUGAUUUGAAAAUAUCGACCUUGGACAUGUCCAAUAAAACAGGUGGGAAACGCCCAACUACCGCCAACAGUGACCUAUCCAACCACAACAUGGUGUCCGAGGUCCCUCCAGAGCGGCCCAGUGUCCGGGCCAACCGGACGCCCCGCAAGGCCAUCGCUUUCGGCAAGCGCUCGCACUCCAUGAAGCGGAACCCCAGUGCUCCUGUCACCAAGGCAGGCUGGCUUUUCAAGCAGGCCAGCUCCGGGGUUAAGCAGUGGAAUAAGCGCUGGUUUGUCCUGGUGGAUCGCUGCCUCUUCUACUAUAAAGACGAGAAGGAGGAGAGCGUCCUGGGGAGCAUCCCCCUCCUGAGCUUCCGGGUGGCUGCGGUGCAGCCCUCAGACAACAUCAGCCGAAAACAUACCUUUAAGGUGACUGUGUGCUGGGUGGACGAGGCUGGGGACAGUUCCACGCACUGCCUCUCCCCACAGGCUGAGCACGCCGGGGUCCGCACCUACUUCUUCAGUGCCGAGAGCCCCGAGGAGCAGGAGGCCUGGAUCCAGGCCAUGGGGGAGGCUGCCCGAGUACAGAUCCCCCCAGCCCAGAAGUCAGCACCCCAAGCUGCACGUCACAACCACGAGAAGCCAGACUCUGAGAACAUCCCACCCAGCAAACACCACCAACAACCCCCCCAAAACAGCCUUCCCAAGCCUGAACCAGAGGCCAAGACUCGAGGAGAGGGUGAUGGCCGAGGCUGUGAGAAGGUGGAGAGGAGGCCUGAGAGGCCUGACGUCAAGAGCGAGCCUCUGGUGAAAGCCAAUGGUGUCCACGCUGGACCAGAACCAGCCUCAGACCCGGGCAGCCCUUACCCUGAGGGCCCAAGGGUCCCAGGAGGUGGGGAGCGGCCCACCCAGCCCAACGGCUGGCAGUAUAGCUCCCCGAGCCGGCCGGGGAGCACAGCUUUCCCACCUCAGGACUCAGAAAGUGGGGGGCAACGGCGGAGCUUCCCCCCACGUGCCAACCCCGACAAAAUCGCCCAGCGCAAGAGCUCCAUGAACCAGCUUCAGCAGUGGGUGAACCUGCGCCGAGGGGUGCCCCCUCCUGAAGAUCUUCGGAGUCCCUCUAGGUUCUACCCUGUGUCCCGUAGGGUCCCUGAGUAUUACAGCCCCUACUCCUCCCAGUACCCUGAUGAUUACCAGUACUACCCGCCAGGCGUGCGGCCGGAUAGCAUCUGCUCCAUGCCGGCCUACGAUCGGAUCAGCCCACCCUGGGCCCUGGAGGACAAGCGGCACUCCUUCCGGAAUGGAGGCGGCCCCGCCUUCCAGCUGCGUGCGUGGAAGGAGCCUGCCAGCUAUGGGCGGCAGGAUGGUACCACCUGGAUCCCCAGCCCCUCCCGGCAGCCUGUCUAUUAUGAUGAACUGGAUGCCGCCUCCGGCUCCCUGCGACGCCUGUCCUUGCAGCCCCGUUCCCACUCUGUGCCCCGCUCGCCAAGCCAUGGGUCCUACAGCCGCGCCCGCAUUUUCUCCCCCAUCCGCUCACCCAGUGCCCGUUUCGAGCGGCUGCCACCUCGCAGUGAGGACAUCUAUGCUGACCCUGCUGCCUAUGUGAUGAGGCGAUCCAUCAGCUCCCCCAAGUAUGAUUACCUGGGAGACAGGCGGCCAGUCCCUGCAGGACUGUUCCCCUACAACUACCCACCAUCCCCCACGGUCCACGAUAAGAUGGUCCCUCCAUACCCAGAAGUGUUCCGGGACAGCGUCCACACCUACAAGCUAAACGAGCAAGACACAGAUAAGCUGCUGGGCAAGUUGUGUGAGCAGAACAAGGUGGUGAGGGAGCAGGAACGGCUGGUGCAGCAGCUCCGAGCUGAGAAGGAGAGCCUGGAAAGUGCCUUGAUGGGGACCCAUCAGGAACUGGAGAUGUUUGGAAACCAGCCUGCCUACCCAGAGAAGCUGCUACACAAGAAGGAGUCGCUGCAGAACCAGCUCAUCCACAUCCGGGUGGAGCUGUCUCAGGCAACCACGGCCCUGUCGAACAGCACCGUGGAGUACGAGGGCCUGGAGGCAGAGGUCUCUGCCCUGCACGACGAGCUCUGGGAGCAGCUCAGCUUGGACUUUCAGAAUGAGGUGCUCAACCGACAAAUCCAGAAGGAGAUCUGGAGGAUCCAGGAUGUGAUGGAGGGGCUGAGGAAGAAUAACCCAUCCCGGGGCACAGACACAGCCAAGCACAGAGGAGGACUUGGCCCCUCAGGCACCUACAGCUCCAACAGCCCCGCCAGCCCUCUCAGCUCCACCAGCCUCACCAGCCCCCUGAGCCCUUUUUCAUUGGUGUCUGGCUCUCAGGGGUCCCCCACUAAGCCCGGGUCCAAUGAGCCCAUGGCAAGCUAUGAGCAAAGCAAGAAAGACCCCCACCAGACCUCACCCCUGGACACCACUAGAGACAUCAGCCUUGUGCCCACCAGGCAAGAGGUGGAAGCAGAGAAGCAGGCAGCUCUCAACAAAGUUGGCAUUGUGCCCCCUCGGACGAAGUCACCCGCUGAUGAAGGAGUGACCCCGUCGGGGGUGGUGAAGAGGAGUGCCAGCGGGCUCGCCAAUGGGCUCUCCUCCCGGCAGGAGCGCCCCAAGAGUGCUGUGUUCCCUGGCGAGGGCAAGGUCAAGAUGAGCGUGGAGGAGCAGAUUGACCGUAUGCGGCGGCACCAGAGCGGCUCUAUGAAGGAUAAGCGGAGGAGCCUGCAACUCCCGGCCAGCCCGGCCCCCGACCCCAGUGCCCGGCCCGCCUACAAAGUGGUGCGCCGUCACCGCAGCAUCCAUGAGGUGGACAUCUCCAACCUGGAGGCAGCUCUGCGGGCAGAGGAGCCUGGUGGGCAGGCCUACGAGACACCACGGGAGGAGAUUGCCCGGCUCCGCAGAAUGGAGCUGGAGCCCCAGCACUAUGAUGUGGAUAUCAGUAAGGAGCUCUCCACCCCAGACAAAGUCCUCAUCCCUGAGCGGUACAUUGACCUGGAGCCUGACACUCCCCUGAGCCCAGAGGAGUUGAAGGAGAAGCAGAAGAAGGUGGAGAGGAUCAAGACGCUCAUUGCCAAGUCCAGUAUGCAGAACGUGGUGCCCAUCGGCGAGGGGGACCUUGUGGACGUGCCCCAGGACUCAGAGAGCCAGCUGCAGGAGCAGGAGAAGCGGAUUGAAAUCUCCUGUGCCCUGGCGACCGAGGCCUCCCGCAGGGGCCGCAUGCUGUCUGUGCAAGCCCUGGCUGAGGCCAAUGCCGUGAAGCUCCACAGAACCACGUUCUGAAGCCUGCCUCUGCCCAUCCUGGCCCCCUGGCCCCCCCGCCCCUGUGCUCCCAUGGGAAUGCCACAGAGAGCCAGGCUGGGGGCCGGGCUUCUGCCGAGAGGAGCACAGAUGCCUCGGUGUCCACAUACCCACGGUGCCCGGCCCUGAAGUCCUUGCUGCUCAGACGGUGGUCCUAGGCCAGGGCGUGAGAUGGUGGGGCGAGGAGCGCCAUCCUAUCUGAUGCCCACGGCACAGGGAGCCUAGGUCUGGCUCUAACUGGGGUUGUGAUGGCCCUACUGGAACACUCCCUGAUGGAGAAGAUGCCCUGGUGGGGAAUGCGCCCUGGGCUAUCUUAGGUUAGGACUCCUCUCUUGACACCGAGAAUGGCACCCACCAUCACCCCCUUCCCCCAUCACCCCCGCCGUCCUGCCCCAGCUGUGCCCAGGGUCUUGGCACAUCUCUGCUUAUGGGUACUCCUUUGGGGUCCAGUGGAGACUGACCACCCUGCCUGAGCCAAAGACAAGAUGAUGAGAGAUGGGGAGAGGCUCCUCGGCUCCCAGAAGACAGUGCUGGCUGUGGAUAGAGAGAAGCAGGUCUGUGCAGUGUCUGAGGGCAGGUUGAGAAGGGUAGCAGAGAGAGAGGGAGAGGUCUCAGGACAGUGGGAGGAAAGGGAAGCAGCAGGACUCAUGCGCAAGUAGGAGGAGGAGGACGGAGAUGAGAAGGGGUAGGGGAUUGGUUUCCCCAGGGUGGAACCUUAGGUUAGUGCCAAGUACAGUGCCAGCUGUUGGCUCUGCUUCUCCCACCUCGUCCCCAGGAUCAGCGGGGCUGCCAGACCGAGGUCCUGCCAUGGAGCACACUGCUGUGGGUAUGGAGGUGUGAGCUGAGGGCCCGGGCAGCAGCAGUCUGGGAGAUGGCUCUUUCUAGGUCUGGGCCUGGUUCUGGGGUCAGGAGCAGAGAGAAGGACCUGUCUUACGGAGGGUGUGGUCAGCCUUGGGGGCCUUUCCUAAACAUUUCUGUGACAUUAUCUUGUCUCCCUUCCCCCUGAAAUGUGCUGUGGGCCAGCUGAGCGUGUGCCCUGGAAAGAGGGCAUGUGGCCUUAGUCUGGUAGGCCAGAUUCUGGGGCCCUACGCUGCACCCAGGCAUCCCAGGCAUCCCAGAUGAGGACAAGCUGAGGUUGUAUGGAAGGUCUCCCUUCUAGCUUGGCUCACUCACAACCCACCUACCCAGGGAGCCAGUAGUGGAGUGACAGAAGCAAAGCCCAUUCUCCCUAUGCUCCACCCACCUUCAGAUGAAUGUAGCCAGAGAGGAUGGAGGAGAGAGAGUGAAGCUGAACAACCUUGGCCCCUAGGCCUUCUCUUUGCCAGAGUUGCUGCCCAGAGACUUCAUUCUGACCUCCAGCGGCCCCAAGAAUGAUUACUUCAUCUUCCAACAAUUCCUCUGCACUCCUUCAUGGCUGGGACAGUUAUGGUUCAUAUGCAAGUAAAGUUGACAAUUCACUCAACAAAUAUUUAUUGAGCACCUUUUAUGUACCAGGCACUGUUCUAGGUGCUUAGGAUAUUCUCAUGCUUCUGAGGGUUUACAGACGGGAUUCCACUUACCUUCACUUCUAGCAGGUUUUUUGAACAUGACCCUUGGCUGCAGUUCCCAUCUUCAGCACAGCUCAAGCACCCCAAACCUGUCCUCCCCCCGCACACACUGGCAGGUGGGAUUGGCUCCCAGGUAACCGUCUCUCCCUUCUCCAUCUUCUCCCACACCUUAUCCAUCCAUAAGAAACGGAUUUUUCGGGGCCUUCCAUGCCUUCCCCUUUCUUUGUCUGUGUCUCCUUUUUUUUUUAAGUGAUAUUUUUAGAAAUACAUGUAAAAUACCAAGGGUUAAUGUCUGCCCCUCUGCCACUUCUCUCUCACCUCUUAUUUCAUAAAGCUGGCUCUUUAUGUUGCUUUACAUGCCUUAAUAUAUGUUUUAUGAAGAUUAUACAUAUUAUAGAUGUAUAUGUAAUAUAUAUAUAUAUAUUUGUUUGGAUGUCUGAUCCUUUACUAGAACUCCUGCCCAGGCCCAUUUUCUCUCCUUUACUUUCCACAUCAUUCCUAGCAUACUGCGGCCAUACCCCAUGCCUUUUGAUCCAAAGAAGGGGAGAGGAAAGACUUAUUUUAAGACAGAUCUAUUUUAUGCUUUUGUUAUAAAAGCAAAUCUAUUUUCAAAAUGUGCAAUGUCUGAAUGGAAUUGGCAAAUGAUGUGAGGAGACUGGGAUGGCUGCCUCUAGGUCCAACCCUCCACCCUUCCCUCCUCCUCGGCAGGCAGCUUCCUUCCUCCCAUUCCCCAGUCUGCAAAGGGCUGGUCCCCAGAGCUCACCCGGAGAGGAUCUUGCCAGGGCAGGACAUUCUCUUGCAAGUCCUGGUCUAAGGAUUUGAUUACACUGUCAACUUUUGAUGACUCUCUAGGGUUAUUGGGUGUGAACCCUCUUCGAGGAAAUGUUUACAGUUGUGUGCACAAAAGUACAGCCUUGCAGGCACACACACCCCAGAUGUGCUCCUGGACCACCUCCUUUAUCACCCUGCUGGAAAGGGCAGCCUACACCAAACAGCACUGAGAAUGUCAGUCUAUUCUUUGAUGGACCUAGAAUAUGGUGCAACGGCCAAAGGAAACGGGUUGGCAUCACGGGUCCUUCGGGGCAGAUACAUUCAAGUUCCUUGGACUUCUCACACUCCUUUUCACUUGAUCCCUCACUGGUCUGGGUGACACCUAUGGCAUCUGUCUCCCUCUGUGACCUUUCUUCUGGGGGCCAUUGUUAAGGGGAUGGUACCCCAGUCUGGCAUCCAGACUGCGAAGUCAGCCCGGAGGGUCCCACGGACAAGGUACAUCUCAGACUUGCCAAGGACUUUCUUGCUGCUGGGGUCCUGAGCUAAGCCAGCUCAGCUUUCCAGACUGCUUAUCGACUAUUGAAGUGGGCAAGGGGCUCUCGCCUUGCAAGAAUUUGGGCAGAAUGGAUGUCUUUUGUCCAGAUCUGGAAUCAAGGGUUUUGGAAUCUAGCACAGAGCUCCUGGCCAGCAUGUGAAGCCUGGCUUCCCACUUUGGCAUUUGCUGGUACCCUAUUCCCAGCCUAAAGCAGCUUGCUGUGAAUGAAGGGGGCCUAGAUGGAGGCCCAGGGGGAAGUAACCGACCUGGUGACAGCCCUGGUUACUAAUCUAGGGCCUUCCCAAUUAGCACAUUACCUCCCUCAUCGAUAACCAAGAAGCUGUAAUCAAAUACUGAUACUGUCACUUUAGAGUUUUUCUGAGGUUGCAAGCUGUGCGCACUUGCUCCCCUUGGUGAGAGGGAUCCUCUUGGAGCAGGGCUGACUAUAGCAAGACAGAAUUAAUUCCUUUCCCUUUAGGUACCCCCUGACAACCUGGCAGCUCUUAAAACUAAGGAAAAUAUGAAAUAUACAUAUAUAUAUAUAUAUAUAUACACACAUAUAUCUAUUUAUGCACAUAUUGGGGCCAAUUUGAUUUGCUAGUAUUAGACAAUAAACCGUACAAGGAAAUUUAUGACUCAGUGUCUUUAUUUAGUAUAAAAGUGACCUUAGAAGAAGAGUUAAGAUUAGAUAAACAGAGGGCAUCUCUGUCAGGGGACCAAACAGCCAUACCAGCCCCUUAGCAUCUUUCUAGCCAAUGAGCCCCUCCCCAGGGAGGGGCCAUCCUGACUGACGGGCGAGAGCUUGCUUCCCUCUCAGCAGCAUUCUUUUUAGAUAUAGGUACUGAAGCACCCAGUGAGUUCUGCAUUUGUAUCUUGCAAGUUUGUAUAAACCCUAUGCAGGGAAUAAAUGG